AUGACUACUCAAGAAAAAGUGGAACUGGAACAGGUACCACUGAAGUCUGAUGUCGAUGCACCACCAAUGAUCGAUGAUGGAGUUACGGAGAAAGAAAUUACUGAACCAGCCAAAAAGAAGACAACUUACAGAUGGUUCUUCAGAUCGAAGAAAGGUGAUGUAACAACAAAUAAUGGUGAACUUGUUAGUGAGGGAAAAAAAUCGCCUUGUAAAUGGUGGCAUCGUAAAGAGAAAAGCAUACUGGACGGUGCCACUAAAGACGCCACACAGUCACCGAUGACCGUUGGUGUCAAUUUACUCGAUCGUGAUGAGGGGGACCUGAAUGACCAUAUUGUCAUGGACUUUGGCGAGGUGUUCGCUGAACCGGAUGCAUGUCAUUCAUGGAAUUGGACCUGGCUUGGCGCCAAUCGAGUAUUUGGCUUUACCAGUAAUGCUGUAUACAAGAUUGUUGCUUCCCUAAUUGCAAUUCCGCUUGCAAUUGUCUUUGGUAUCGUAUUUGGGUUGUUGUCGGUGCUCGGUGUCUUUAUUUGCACACCAGUCGGUCGUUUGCUUAGCGUUCCGUGUAUGGCAGUGGCUAAGGCAUGGAAUUUUGCUGUCCGUAAAGUGUUGGAUCCAAUUUUCGCAUCACUUGGUUUAAUGUGUCCAAAAGCUCAUCAACGCUCAACGAUCACCACAUCGCCCACAGAUCUUGCGUAA